AUGACCGACGACGGCUUUGUGGCGAUCUUCUUCCUGUUCAUCUUGAAUUGGAUCACAGGAGCGUUGUGGCAAUACAUCAUUCUCUACUUCCUCGGCGCAUUGACGAACUCUCCUCGCAAGUGCGCAAACUAUGCUGAGACUACUCAACGAGUCCGACAUCCAAUGGCUCCUAAGGAAGCACAUGACAUGGCUGAUAUGCCUCCAAACCUUCGAAAGCAACUCGACCUUCUCGACUUGGAAUUCCAAGACGGCGAAAUAACUCAGAAGGGAUACGACAAACGUCGAAGCAUUAUCAUGGCGAAAUACGCAAAGAUUCUCAAGAGGAAAGCUCCCACGCUUGGUGCACCGCUAUUGUUCAAGGCUACCGUUGUAGAGACGGCAGAUGCUGCAAUGACAGUGCGCUCAUCGGUCGCGGAUGUCGAGGAGGGCAUUCUUGCUACUAUUAAGAAAUGUCUAGAGGUCUCUCGACAUCCCGACACACCAGAAAGCGAGGCUAAAGCAGCCUUGUUGCUCGCUACCCGCCGAAUGAAGCAGUACAAUGUAAGCCAGGCCGAGGUACUUGAGCAUGCGACUCCCGAACAGCAGCAAAACUAUGUCAGCGAGAGUAUCGUUCAUCUCACGCACCGCGAUGGCGAUUCUAGCAAGGGAGUCCACCGGGCCGUUUGGCUCUACCGCAUGGUGCAUGCUAUCGAACUCUUCUUCGAUACGAAAGCAUCUUAUCGAAGCUAUCGCCGGAACAAGACCAAGCUUGCCAUCGUCUUCUGCGGCCUUGCGAACAAUUCGGUGGCAGCAGCUUACGCAUUUGAGAUGGUGUACAACCUGGCAGGGGAAUGGUCACGCAAGCUUACGAACGCAAACAACAAGAAUGGAAAUGAAAGGACUUGCUACGCAAAUAAAAGGAAUAGCUACAUCAUGGCCCUCAGUGAGGAAUUGCAGAAGAUGGCACGAAGAGAGAGGAAAGCGGAAGAACGGCGCGCUGCGAGGGCCGAGGAAGAGACACUUGCAGCACGCAUCGAAGAGGAAGAGGCCCGGAGAAAAGCCGAGCUGGAUCGUUUGAAAGGACCCUUUAAUCAUAACAAUCCUCAUCUUGUAACCAUUGAAGACGAGGGCGAGGGCGAGGGCAAGGUCCCAUUCGACGAGGACACGAUCAUGCACAGGGACUCCGACUCAGAAUCAAACGAGGAGGUCGACGAAGUUAUGAGAGAUCCGAAUCAGAAACAGACCCCGCCGAUUAGUCCGCAACGUGUCUUUCUCUUUCAAAAGAUGAUGAAGCGUGUUGCUGCAAGUGUGUUCGAAAACGACUCCGCAAACUGCAUCAUCCUCGUGGCUGCCAUCAACGAUGAGCUUGAGAGCAAUCCGGAUCUCGGCACACGCUUCCAAGUAGAGACCGAAGCCGUCGAUAUCCUCAAUUGCUUGGUUGAUCUUGAGGUCCUCGAAAGCGACGGCAACACGAAAGCAAUUACACUGACCAGGCUCGGGAGACAAAAGAUCUUCGGCCACACUCAUGAGAACGCGGACGAGACCAAUGCCUUGUUACCCAGUGCCAACGACUCCGGCAUAGAUUUCGACGACGCAGGCUCAGAUGGGUAUGGGCCAGAAGACUGGGAUAACGACUACUCCGUAUUCGAUGACAAUGAAGAUGUUCAAUCGCUGGCCUCGACCGCCAAAGCAGACAACCUGAUGUCAGCCCUCUUCACGCCUGAACCAAAUGCACCCGCCUUCUCGAGCAAGAGCCAAGUCGUGAGAUUUCGACAAAAGACGAAGCAGUUGAUCGAAGACUUCAUUGAGAAGGAGAAGCAUAAGUACACUUGGGGUCCGGCGCCACGUCGACGCGAGAUGGACUCAAUUGAUGAAGAUGCGUGGUCGAGGGGCAAGAAAGAUGCUCAUAAGAUUGAUGUGCAUCGGAAGAAUAUUAUGGCAUGAUACAUAUCUGCGGAUUUCAAAAGUCUAUGUCGUUGACUGUACAUGUAUGCGAUUGUGGUCAGAAGUCAAUGAAGCGGCAACUGACACAAUGAUUAUCGGCCGAGACGACAGGUACUGCGAGAGGACGUUGUUCCACGUGUCUGUCCAUGCUGAAUUGGACCUUCACACCACCCUCUCCGCGGGAUCAGGACUGUGACUUCGAAAUGUUUUUUCUUCCGUGCGUGACGACUCCGUAGUAGCAUUCCUUUCAAGUCAGCUCUACGUUACAACGUGCAUUUUGGAGGGACAAGGUCUCGAAUUGCAAGGUCCUGGUGGUAGCGCCCUACCGGCAACCUGACUACGAUUUGAGACGAAAGAACAAGGCUGAUGUGUAAAGGGCAGAGAACUUUCCAAUCUCCUCCG